GGUGAAUAAAUGACAGAGCUCAGUUCUUGAGUCAGUCAGUGAUUCGCAGGUGGAUCAGACGCUGUAACAAACCAUGUAUCUCCUGUUGUUGGUCGGUGUGGUUCUGGGAGCUUACAUCAUCCUCACACAGACUCUCUUCAAAAGAUCCAAAUGCAAAGGAAACGCAGCGAUGGCCGGGAAGACCGUCAUCAUCACAGGAGGCAACACCGGCAUCGGUAAAGCCACGGCUCUGCACCUGGCCAGGAAGGGAGCCAGAGUGAUCCUGGCCUGUCGUAACCGGGACAAGGCCGAGGCUGCUAUCAGAGAUAUACAACAGGAUACAGGAAGUACUGAUGUGCUCUACAUGCAGUUGGACCUGGCCAGUCUGAAGUCCGUCCGCUGCUUUGCCAAAACGUUCCUGAAAACUGAGUCCAGGCUGGAUCUGCUCAUCAACAACGCUGGUCUGGUAGCUGACGGGCGGACGGAAGACGGCUUCGGCAUUGGGUUUGGGGUGAACCACCUGGGUCACUUCCUGUUGACCUGCCUGCUGCUGGAUCGUCUGAAGGAGGCGGAGGAAGCUCGAGUGGUCUCUUUGUCCUCCAUGGCUUACCGCUGGGGACACAUCGACUUCAACGCUCUGGAGGCAAACGGACACCUGGGCACCGGCAGGUACAGCUGGCAGUUCUUCCACGCCUACUGCAACAGUAAACUGUGUAACAUGCUCUUCACCCACGAGCUCGCCAAGAGGCUGAAAGGAACCAACGUCACCUGCUACAGCGUCCACCCAGGUGUUGUUCGGACCGAGCUUUCACGUAAUGUCAGCCUGUGGCAGAAGGUUUUCAUUGAGCCCAUUGCCCAUCUGCUGUUCCUGGACCCGGAGGCCGGAGCUCAGACCACUCUGCACUGCUGUCUGCAGGAGGGAAUCGAACAUCUGAGCGGACGUUACUUCUCCUGCUGUGCCGUACAGGAAGUAUCUGCGCGGGGCCGAGACGACGCUGCGGCCCGGAAACUGUGGGAGGUCAGCGAAAAGCUCUGUGGACUCUCUAAAGGUGGAAUAACCACAAAGGACUUUUAAGAUCUUAAAUGGAUUGUUAAGUCAGUGAGCUAUGAACUGUCCCUCUGCUGAAAGCGGUUUACUCUGGGGUGAUAAGUUUGUCUUGUCUAUACUUUUUUAGACCUGUAUGUCUAUGGUCCAUACUAUUACUAAUAAUUAUAAUAAUAAUUUGUACAUGUCUAAUUAUGUUGUGUUGUUCCUUUUUAAAUUGAAGUAUCGCUCUGAUCAUGUUAUUUAGGACAUGUUCUGCUGCCACCACCCAGUGGUUGAUGUCUGAAACAUUAACAUUUAAUCAUUCUCUGGACAGCAAAAGACUGACAUACAGACGGAUAAGAAUAUUGAGUGUGUUAGAGCCUCUAGAAUAGUGGUUCUCAAACGUUUUCUUGUCAAGGACCCCUAAACUGACACAAAUUAGACCAUGGACCCCCAUUUGAUACAGUUUUGUCCCAGUUUCUUUUAUUUUUUCUUUUAUAUGUUUUGUUACAGAACGUUUAUGCAACCCAUGACCAAAAUAGUAAUACGUUUUUUUAUUGUGUUACUUAUGGAUGGAAUGUAUAGUGAAAAUAAAUUAUUCCCCUUGUUGCUGGUGACCCCUUGUGGGUCCCCGGACCCCACUUUGAGAACCACUGCUCUAGAACAGCUUCAAUGAUCCUUGUCAUUAGGCCUUUUUUCUCUGUACAGACUACACAAAGUUUAGUUUUAUGUGUAUAGGAGUGCAAACUUGAAUGCAAACUUGAUGGGUAACUUUCAUUCUUUCCUCAAUUUUUCUGUCUAUAUGUGACUGGGGGGGGGGGAGAAAAUAGAUACAGCAUAGUAUCAUGAUAUUUGCCAUGGCAAUACUGUAUCGGUACACAGUCGCCAAGUAUCGAUAUUUUAUUAUAUAAAUUGCAGAUGGGA